AUGGCCUCACGUUCCCGCCUACCCGCUCGUAAACAUGCACCCCAGCAAAGCAUUGAUGACUUCUGGGCCAAGUUCACCACGAAACACCCUGGAAAAAUCUUUACCAUCUUACCAGACAAUCUCUAUGCUAAGAGAGCAGCUGCACAUGCUCCGAAAGGCUCCAUACCGGGUGUCAAUGCCCUUGCGUCCUACGAACAAGCUGUCGAGUCGUGCAGGAACAAAGUCGCGAAGAUCGUCAAAGAGUGCCGUCGCCUGAACCAAAAGUACCGGGAUCCGCAUUUCGAUAUUGAAGCCGACUUCAAGCGAUCCCAGGCAUUACCAGACACACCCGCCGACUGCCUCACAGGACUGGACAAGGAGCAAUCUGACUUUCAGCCCAUGUCUGUCAAGCGUGUUGAGGAUAUUUUCGACAAACCCCAAUUCUAUAUCGGAGGUGCGACCGCCAACGAUGUGAGACAAGGAAACGACGGCGAUUGUUGGUUCAUGGCAGCGCUUGCCACCAUAAGCAAUAAGGAGGAGUUGAUCCAGCGAGUCUGUGUCGCUCGGGAUGAACAGGUCGGCGUUUACGGUUUCGUAUUUCACCGAGAUGGCGAGUGGAUCUCAGAAGUCAUUGACGAUAAGCUCUACCUCAUCAAGGAAGAUUUCGAUGAAGCCAAGAUCGAACGAUAUCAUUGGUUGGAGUUGCAGAACCGCAAGACCCCAGAGGAAGAGUAUCGCAUGGUGAUGCAGACCGGCUCAAGAGCGCUUUACUUUGCGCAGUGUAGUGAUCCGAAUGAGACAUGGCUGCCAUUGCUCGAAAAAGCGUUUGCGAAAGCUCACGGAGAUUACUCGGCGAUCGACGGUGGCUUCGUCGGUGAGGGCAUUGAGGACCUAACCGGUGGUGUCACGUCAGAAGUGUUUGCUACCGACAUUCUGGACAAGAACAAGUUCUGGCGCGAAGAACUGAUGAAUGUCAACAAAACAUUCUUGUUCGGUUGCGGCCAGAUGGGCGGCGCCUAUGGCGAGCGGAGAGGCAUCCAGGAGAAGCACGCUUACUCCAUCAUGGAAGCCCGCGAAAUCGAUGGCCAGCGCCUUCUGAAGCUACGAAAUCCAUGGGGUCGAACAGAAUGGACAGGACGCUGGAGCGAUGGUUCCGAAGAGUGGACACCCGAAUGGAUGCACAAGCUCAACCACAAGUUUGGUGACGAUGGCGUCUUCUGGAUCUCCUACAAGGAUCUGCUCCGACAUUACCAGCAUUUCGAUCGCACGCGGCUCUUUGGCCCAGAGUGGACUGUUUCUCAGCAAUGGACUAGUGUUAAUGUACCCUGGAGCGUGGAUUACCUGGACACCAAAUUCAAGAUCAGCCUCGCAAAGUCAGGCCCCGUAGUCAUUGUGCUCAGCCAACUUGACGAUCGUUACUAUCUAGGCUUGGAAGGGCAGUAUGAGUUCAACCUGCAGUUCCGCCUGCACAAAGAUGACGAGGAAGAGUACAUCGUGCGCAGUAACGGUACCUACUACAUGAAGCGGUCCGUCUCAACCGAACUCAAUCUGGAAGCUGGCGAAUACACGGUCUUGAUGAAGAUCAAAGCCACGCGUGUACCAAAUCCUACACCUGAUGAAGUCAUUCGAACCACAUGCGUAAAGCGACGCGAGAAACUUCUGGCUACUGGCCUCUCUUAUGACUUGGCUCACGCCAAAGGUCAAUUCCGUGAGCAAGAAAAAGAAAAGAUCCUACGCCAAAAGGAGCAGAAGCGCGAGCGGAAGAAGGCCGAAAUGAAGAGCUCGCACGAGCAGCGCAAGAAGCUACGCAGCAAGGCUAAGCUUCGUGAACAAAAGAAGGCUGCUAAGGAAACACGCAAGAUGAACAAGACUGGUGGAGAGAUGCGGGAAGUUGAAGAAAGGCUCCAGGAACUGUCUGGACUCGGUAUCAACGUUGAAGAUCAACAGCCAUCUGGUGAGGACGAAGCCAAGCCGACGCACCCUGCCGUAUCCAGACACCACCGCGCUGCCAGCACUGGCGCUAUUCGCGAGCGCUCAGCUAGCCCUGGCGGUGGAUUCCAAGGCCGAGGCGGAUAUAACAAAGGUCUUGAUGCCUACAACGCAACCCUGCCCGGGGCCUUGCAGGGCCGCGGCGGGUACAAUCGCGAGAUCCAGCCUUCAUCCACGGGCGAGGGACUGCAGGGCCGUGGCGGCUACAACCAUAGCUCUCAGAGCACUCCUGCCGCAACUGGCCAAGGCUUUCACGGUCGUGGCGGCUACAACCAGAACAUGCCUGGUGAUUUCCAGGGCAGAGGAGGCUACAACCAGAACCUGCCUGGUGACCUUCACGGCAGGGGAGGCUACAAUCAAAAUAUGCCUGGCGAGCUCCAGGGCCGGGGCGGCUACAACACUGAGCUACCUGGCACUUAUCAAGGUCGAGAUGAAUACAGCGGCCGAGGUGGGUACAACGAGGGUGCGACCACAGAGUCUCCCAUCCCGACACCAAUGACAGAAGACUUUCGCCCUGGAACACCAUCGCAACGGACGUAUAGCCCACGCCCGGAGCGGGGUAGCUUGAUGCCCGGCCGCAAGGCGACCCUGACACCGAUCCCAGGUCUACGUCCAGGCAUCCAAGUUACUCGUGGUCGCGGUAUCAGCAUCAAUUCAAACCGUGCUCACCACGGCAUGUACUCGCCUGAUCCUUAUUCUGACGACUCUUCAUGGGAUUCUGAAUUUGAUGGCCCGUGCUCUCUCGAUUCCGAUAUGUCAUCGGAUGAGGACGAAGCUCGUCGCUUCCAGGCUGAGCGCCAACGUCCACAGUACGUCUGGUAUAACGGCGCCCGCUACCCAUACGUUGAGGAUGAAGACGAGUUCGAGCGCGAUCCAUGGAACGCGGUCGCUGUUGUUGGUCUUCGCGUCUUCUCCAAGGACAACGCCGAUGUCACUAUCGAGGUCGUCAACAGCGAGACUGAGAGGUCGCAGAAGAAAGAAGGCGAUGACUGUAGCGUCAUGAGCAUGUCUACUGUCAGACGCAAGCAUAAAGAGCUUGAUGUUGACGAUAGCGCUGCCGAUGCCACGAGCCCUAUGCGGACUCGAACCACUGGCCUAGAAGACGAACUCAAGACCAGAGCCGAAGAGGCGGAAGCCGUCAGUCAUGUUGGUACCGCGCCUGCUGGAUCCGAAAGGAAUCGACAAGGUACAUUGUCAUGA